AUGUCAUCUUCUUCUACCUUAAUAACAUACAUGAUACUGUCCUUUUUGUUCUUUGUAAAUAUUGAUGGCAAUAAUCAACCAUGCAGCGAUAAAUUCGCGAAACUCAUGGAACAAAGAAACAUAACAGUAUGCAAGAGAUUACGAACUCAAGGAGCCGAAUUCGGUUGGAACUACCACAACGGCACAAACUCAACCACAACACUUGAAAUCUUAUUUGGUGCAAUUUUAGAUACAAGCCAAGGGUGGAUAGCUUGGGGUGUGAAUCCAGGAGAAAGAGCAGAAAUGAUUGGAACAAAAGCAAUCAUAGGGAUUAAAAACCCUGAUUUUGCUACUACUUCAUCACCACCUUUGAGAGUUCAUACUUAUGAUGUUACAAAAGAAACCAAAAGCGGUUGUACUCUUUUACCUAGCAAAAACCUUGGCCUCAAUGUUUCACAUAUGGUGUUUCAAGAUGAAGGGUCAAGUUUUUAUACUAUAUAUGCUAGAUUGGUUCUUCCUUCUGAUGAGUAUAACAUAACAAGGUUGAACCAUGUUUGGCAAAUUGGACAUGCUGUUAGUGAUGAAAGUCCUUUGCGCCAUCCAACAAAUCUUCACAAUGUGGAUAGCACUGAGACUAUAGACUUGACUUCUCCCCGUGGUCGUAGCACCGGACAGUUCCGGAGUUUCCUUCGAUCGGUACAUGGAGUUCUAAGCAUUAUAGGGUGGGGAACAAUGUUACCUAUUGGAGUAAUAAUCCCAAGAUACUUUAGAGUGUAUCCUUUUAAAAGGGAACCAUUGUGGUUUUACCUACACAUUGGUUGCCAAUUAAGUGGUUUUCUUAUUGGUACUGCUGCUUUUGUUAUUGGAUUGGUUCUUGGACACUCAUCAAGAUACUAUAUCUUCCACACACAUAGAGAUUUUGGAAUUCUCAUAUUCACUUUUAGUACAAUUCAGAUGUUGGCUUUUAGGUUAAAACCUAAGGCAACAGAUGAUUACAGGAAAUAUUGGAAUAUGUAUCAUCAUUUUCUUGGAUAUGGAUUAUUGACUAUUAUAAUUAUAAACAUAUUCAAAGGAAUUGGCAUUUUGAAUGGAGGUGAUAAAUGGAAGUGGAGUUACAUUGGAAUUCUUAUAUGUUUAGGUGCCAUUGCAUUUGCUUUGGAGAUUUUUACAUGGAUUAAAUUUAUCAUGGGGAAAUGGAGAGACAACCACCAUGAUAAAAAGACAAAUUUACAGCAAAAUAAAUAG